AAGAAGUGGAAGACGUGGAGGAGGGGGCGUGAGGCUCUUCUCCUCUGGCUCUAAGAGCAUUAACUGUAGUGCAUUCUGCUGGUGACAGGGCUGUCAGGGUCAGAUGGCUGCUCAGCCUGAUUAGACCAGCUCACAGCAGAUCCCCAGCCCAACACGCUGCACUGUUACACUAGGGUGGAUCUACGAGCUGGCACAUUCAGUCGCCACUGAACAGGCCAGAAGGGACGGGAGGUGUUACGGGAGUUUAGUGUUAUAGUGGGGCAGAGCUACAGGUUGUUGAGGAAAGACUUUACCUUCUGUUGCUUGACUACCAGGUGUUUCAAGAUCUUGUAGCAGAAAAAGACUGAAAGAGGGCUGACUUUACCGUGACAAGAGGGCAGAAGAACUGGUGUUUAGCCUGUGAUUGGAGAUGGCAUUGAAGAGCUAAGCGCCAGAAGACCAACGCCCUGCUUUGUGGAUAAGUGAUGCAGAGAAUUACAGAAAAUCUACAUAAACAUUUUUAUCCACACUAUAUUGCUGCCAGAUGGUAAUCAUAGACCUGUAUUGGAAAAGGCUGAGAGUAGGAAGACAGGAGGAUACUGUUGUCCCCACAAAAAUCUGAUGUGUCAUAGAAUCACACUCUAGUACAGAUGGAGCUAAAAAUACAGCUGCAGGUAUUCAGAGUCUACAGGGGUUUACUAUAACAGGCAGUCAGCUGGCUGUAUGUCAGCGCUCAAACUGUUGUAGGACUGCUGCUGCUGCUGCUGCUUCUGCAGGACUUUGGUGUAACUGCCAGUCAGAGCCCUGUGGAUUUCCCUGUUCAACAGACAAGCUGUCCUCUGAGAAUCGCUGGUUGAUGGAGUUUGUGAGGCGAAGUGGUGACUACUGCCACGCCCAACACUUUUAAACCCAUCUAGGAUGAUGCUGCACCAUGUAGUCCCAGGGCUAUGAACCCUAAAAGAUGAAUGGCCUUUGACCUCUGAACCUGUCAGCUCAUGGGGUAACAAGUGGAACCUCGACACUGAAAGCUAACUGGAGAGAGAAGGAAAAAGAGAGUGACUGAGACUGAUAAAGCCGACACACUGAAACUUCCUGGACUAUAGGAGACUGUUAACUGAUGGAAUAAUAAUCAAGACAACAGGACCUCAGAUCUGGGAAAAUAUCUGAAAACAGAAGUCCUGACUCACCUGGAGAUCAAAUAUAAACUGAAGACAUAGCUGCUAACAGCUGGAGCUAAAGGGGUUACUGCAAGAAUUCCUCACACCGGUCAACAUGAACCGUCCAGCUCCAGUCGAACUGUGCCACAAGAACAUGAGAUUUCUUAUUACACACAACCCAACAGAUGGCACACUCAGCUCCUUCAUAGAGGACUUGAAGCGAUAUGGUGCGACAACAGUGGUCCGAGUCUGUGACAUCACCUAUGACAAAACACGACUUGAGAAAGAUGGCAUUACGGUGGUGGACUGGCCAUUUGAUGAUGGAGCCCCACCACCUAGUAAGCUGGUUGAAGAUUGGUUGAAUCUGCUGAAGAAGAAGUUUCAGGAGGAUCCCGGAAGCUGUGUGGCUGUUCACUGCGUGGCUGGGCUAGGGAGGGCUCCUGUGUUGGUAGCUUUGGCUCUGAUAGAAAGUGGGAUGAAGUAUGAAGAUGCCAUUCAACUCAUCAGACAGAAGCGUCGUGGAGCCAUCAAUAGCAAACAGCUAACCUACCUGGAGAAAUAUCGAUCUAAGCAUAGGCUCCGUUUCAAAGACUCCCGCACACACAAGAACAAAUGUUGCAUCAUGUGAACACACACACACACACACACACACACACACACACACACACACACACACACACACACACACACACACACACACACACACACACACACACACAAAUUUCUCAGGAAUUCAACAGUACACAGGCUUGAGUCAUUGUCACAGAUAUUAAAAGCAGAGACUUCAUUGGACACACUUAAUCUUAUAAACAUUUUUCAUUUUGUAAUUAUUUCUUGUCUAUUAAUCUUUUUUUUUUUUUUGCUGUACCAUAUACUGUAAGUUACAGUGAAAAAAACACUGAAAAAUGGUUGAAGGGGAGAAAAUCAUAAAAAAAAAAAAACCAAUAUGAUAUAGAUGACUGCUGUUGCUUAAUAAAAUAUAAUUUUGCGGGGAGUUUUGCUAUGAGGUGCAUGAGUCACAUUCAAAUUUUCCACAAAAAAUAAAUCCCUGUAUGUGCACGUGGAGAAACCUGUACAGAUCUGGUGUGGAACUUCUAAUUCUGGUGUGACUGGAUUUCAACACCUGAAGCCUGCUUCAACUUCAAUGAAACUUCAACACUAUCAGGACGUAACACUGCAAACUGUGGAUUUGUGUUUCUUUAAGAUUUAUUUGGCUUUAAAAAAAAAAACUUAAAAAUGUGUUUUAAACAAUUUGGAGAGACUAAAAUUUCACACACCAACCAAUCUGAUUGAAUCCAAGGCUAACUUUAGCCUGAAACACUGAACAACAUUAGGUGGAGGUAUUAGUCUCAUCUGAGCACAAAUGUUGCAUGUGCAUUAUUACACUAUUUAGUCUAGGUUAAAGUUUUCUUUAUACAUAAUGGUGUGGAGUUUAUUUCAUUUGUAUUUUUCCUGAAUGAUGCAUGUAAGCAACUGCUUUGAACAAUUCAUACAAAAACCUAUUUUUGCUGAUGAAAGAGCAUGCAUUUUUUAAUGUAAAACUUAGGAUGCUCAUGAGUUUUUGUUUUAAAAGAAUCUUCAACCUGAAUUGAUAUGCCAAAUUACAAUUUAUGAAAAACUAAAUAACUGAAUAAGCAGAGGGUGUAAAACUGAAGUAAGGAAACUGUAGUGAAGGAAAAGUUUCUUUGAUUUACAAUUUUUACCUGAAAGCAUUUUAAACAAAUUACAACUAUUUUCAUGUUCACAUGAUGUGUGUGUAUAUUUGUUUGAGUGUGUGUGUGUGUGUCUGUGUGUAUGUGUGUAUGUGUGGGUAGGUGUAUGGGGCAGUCUCUAGACACUGACACUUUUUUAUGUAAAAAAAAAAAAAAACAAGCUGUAAAUGUAUUGUCUGUAAAUUUUUUGCAUUGUUCAAUAAAUGUCAUGCCAUUAUCUA